AUGGCGUACAUGCCGCCGCCGGCGUUGCCCAGGCUAACAACUGCAAAGGGCAAAGUCGCCGAGUUGCGACUCGAGCUAAAUAGCGGAGGAAAGAAGGACAAGAACAAUGCGGGCAAGAAGAUCGCCCUCAAGAAGAUUGUGGCCAACAUGACCAUGAGCAACAACGACAUGGUGGCGCUGUUUCCCCGAUAUUAUUGGAUGCAUGCACAUUCAGAGCCUCGAGAUCAAGAAGAUGUGCUUUCUUGUUUCUAG